AAUUAGCUCAGUGAGGACCAGUUUGAAGGAGGCAAAAACACUAAAACCAGUGACAAGUGAAGGCGCUGAGGAGCAGCUGAGAUGAGUGACGUCACCGAGGAGGCGCUGCUGGAUUACUUCAUGUCUGCAGGAGGAAACAGAGUGAGAAAUGCAGAUAUCCUCAGGACAUUUAAGCCCUUCAUUGGCCACAGUGACCAGCUCCUCCGUGCCAAGUACAGAGAGGAGUUUAAAGUCAUCGUCGACAGAAUAGCCGUGGUGAAGUCAGAGAAUGGGGAAAAGUACCUCCUCCUGAAGAAGAAGUAUCGACACCUGCUGCAGGAGCGAGACACUAAACAGCACGGCUCAGACCAGCAGAGCCAGCCGAACCCGGCCAGAACCACWGGAAGCGUGCAGUGGGAGGUGACGGACCCCUCGGCAUCGUCGGCCCACCAGAAGGAGCGUCAGGAUGAGCUCAUGUCCUGUGGGGAUCCUGAUGCUGAGUCGGAGUCGGAGCCUGACGAGGAGUGUACGGGCAGCGUGGGCUCUGCUGCUGUCGCUUUGGAUCCUUCAGAGAAAGAGUGGAUCUACUCAGCUGCCAGCGCUCGAGUCCCUGACCUCUCUAAGCUGCUAACCGAUGACCCCUCGCUCGCAAAUAAAAAGGACUUCACCUCGACAGCGCUGCACUGGGCKGCUAAACAUGGGAACGAGGACAUGGCCACGCUGGUGGCUAAUGCUGGAGCAGACGUCAACCUGAAAUCAGGAUACACACCUCUGCACAUCGCAGCGUUACAUGGUCACCAGCACAUUCUGGACCUGCUCAUCAGGACUUAUGGAGCCAAGGAGAACCUGCGGGACUACAGCGGACGCUUUCCCAGCCAUUACCUGAACCUCAAAGAUGCAGAAGGUCCAGGAGAAGACUUUGAGCUGCAGUUCCAGGUGACUCAGGCCAGAGAGCGGAACAAGAACAGGAAGUUGGCGUCGUUGUUCCAGUCCAAGAAGAAGUGGGGGUCAGCAGAAGAGCUGGCCCCAAUAGAGGAGAGGGCGGAGCCUCACCAGCUCGCUCUGCCUCCUUUCAGACCACGAAAAUUCUCCCGUUAAGACUUUCACACUCGUUUGUUCUUGUGUACACACAGAAUUACACACACACACAYGGACCACACUAUGUGUGACACACACAUUUAGACACUUAAACGCCUCAAACUAGUCACCAGAACUCUGAAUUAUAAAGAAAAAAGUAUAAUUUCACAUUUAAAGCUUUUAAGUUUGUAUCAUCAGUGUUCAUGUUGACCACAAGUGUAUUUAAAACCUAAAUGUUUCAGUAAUUGUUGCCAAAAGUUACUUAAUAGUUUUAAUCUCCACAAAUGCUCACCCUGGAUUUACACUACAUGUGGCUCUGCUCCGCUCCGCUCCGGUGUGACACACAGAGGAGGGAGGGUGUGCAAGAAGGAGAUCUUGCGAUAAAUCCAAAUAAAUGUAGAAGUCAGAGCAAAAAAUAAUUAAUUCUAGAAAACAUUGAUAUAAAGGUUUUUUAUAUCUAUGGUUAAACUGUAUCGUUGUCAUCUUUUUGAAACUUCGGAUUUCAAUAUAAAAUCCAUAUGUAUCGUGUG